AUGGCUCAGGACAUGACAGAGAAGGAGCUGCUGAAGAUGGAGCUGGAUCAGCUCAAGAAGGAGGUGAAGAACGAGAGGCAAAUGGUCUCCAAGACCGGCAAAGAGCUCAAGGAGUACAUCGAGUCCAUGGCAGGCGAUUCUGCUUUGCCCCGAGGUGACCCGCUGGUGAAGGGGGUUCCCGAGGACAAGAACCCCUUCAAGGAGAAGGGCGGCUGUACCAUCAGCUGA